AUGUCGCCCCCCUCGGAAUCCGAUAAAGCGACCUCCGACGAUCUAGCCCUGCGCUACUCGAAAAAACUGUUGGAUCUCGAAGAUAAGCAGAAAAUACCAACGGCGCGGUUCACAACAAACCCGGAGUUCAAUGUUACGGUUGAACAGUUACGAGAAAUCAACGAACGAUGCGCAACGGACAGUAUGUUCGUAGGAAUGUUGUGCAUCCAGUUGCUCGGCGUGGACCACUUAAAACGUAUGAGCGUUACUGGCCAGCCAUCACACCGAUUCAUAAAUGCAAAGGCGGCGGAUGGAUCACCAAUCUGUAAAACGACUGAGAAGAUGCACCCCACGGUGGUGAACUUCAUUUGCGAUAAGGUAGCGGAGCGAACUGCCAUCCGUGUUGGCGCAGAAAACGUGGCCACCAUCCGGAAGCAUUCGGAUAUCAAGGCAGUGAAUCGUUUCAUUGCAACCAAAAUAUCCAACCUACGAAAGGCAAGCGGCAACCCGAGCAACAACCAAGGCACCAGCCGAAGUAUUCCUGAUGAGAACUAGAUUGAACGGAUGAAAGCGGAAACGAAAAUGCGGAACGAUACGUGAAAAGAAAGUCUGUUUUUGUUUGUUGAACAAUUUGUGUUUUUUAACUUUUUCGUUUUUACUUGUUGCUCGGCUUGGAUCGAGUUUUGUUUUAUGAAAUGUUUGAAAUA